AUGACGAUAAGGGUGCACGAUGGCGAUUUUCAGGUGACAAGGAUUCCAGGGGAGAAUGUGACCGUUUAUCAUGGGUUAUGGUUGGAUUGCGAAAAAAGUCACAAGCUUGGCAACGAAACAAAUGUCGUGCAAAAAAAUUUCGGCUGUGAUUUUCUGGCUUUCGGACCGAAUGAAGUUUUCAAGUGCGAUUUUUCGUUUGCUCACAUGCACGAUGAGAGCGACACGAGCGUUCCACUGGUUUCGUCAACUUUCGCAGAAUAUCAGAAUAUUCUACUGGUUUUAUUCCUUCUCGCGCAGCUGUUCGCCUUCUUCUUUUGUGUGCUGCAUUUUCUAUCUGGCUUCAUCAAACUUGGAUCAUGUGAAGAAUGCCUGUAUGAUGCAGCAGCCCUUUUAGCUGCGUCUUUAUGUACGGUUGGUUGCAUAAUAUUUUACAUUGUCACUCGUAGAAAUCAAGAAAACAGCUAUUCGCCCGCACAAGUGGAAACAACUCGGAAUGAGUCGGAUUUCAUCUCAAGCACAACGACGAGCAUAUCAUUUUGGUUGAUGGUCGUUGGUACGGUGUUCUAUACUGUAGUGGCAGCGAUUUGUGUUGUCCUUCAUAAGAGCUGUAAGAAAAACGCUCGCAUUCUACCAGAACAGUUCUACGAAGCAGAUGGACAGAAGGGCGCUCGAAAGAUCACAUUCGAUGCGUCGAGUGAACGGAGGCGAUUCGAUUACGAUGACGAUGGCUUCUCAAUGCCGUCAGUCCGAAAGCUGACACCUCAUCCGCGAUCGUGUUCCAUCAUCACUACCGAUUGA